AUGGGCAAGAGAUGGGAUGCUGUGAACCCGCUGGCAGGCAGUGAAUUAUUAAAUGUUCUAGAGGAGAACUUUCUAGGAAACCUUUUUGCAGUGAACUAUCAGAACUGCUCUCAGUCUCAAGAGAAGGUGAAUGAAGAUAUCAUCAUCUUGACUCUGUACUAUGUUGGGAUAGGAGCAACUGCCCUCAUUUUUGGCUACAUACAGAUUUCCUUCUGGGUCAUAACCACUGCCCAGCAAACCAGAAGAAUUCGAAAACAGUUCUUUCAUUCAAUUUUGGCACAAGACAUCAGCUGGUUUGAUGGCAGUGACAUCUGUGAACUUAACACUCGCAUAGCUGGUGACAUCAACAAAAUCUGUGGUGGCGUUAGAGAUAAGAUGGCACUGCUGUUUCAGAACAUGUCUGGGUUUUCUGUUGGCCUGGUGAUGAGCUUAAUAAAGAGCUGGAAGCUCUCCCUGGUGGUUCUGUCCACAUCUGAUAUGGCUUCGUCCUCAAUGUGCUCAAGGAUUUCCUUCUGGGUCAUAACCACUGCCCAGCAAACCAGAAGAAUUCGAAAACAGUUCUUUCAUUCAAUUUUGGCACAAGACAUCAGCUGGUUUGAUGGCAGUGACAUCUGUGAACUUAACACUCGCAUAGCUGGUGACAUCAACAAAAUCUGUGGUGGCGUUAGAGAUAAGAUGGCACUGCUGUUUCAGAACAUGUCUGGGUUUUCUGUUGGCCUGGUGAUGAGCUUAAUAAAGAGCUGGAAGCUCUCCCUGGUGGUUCUGUCCACAUCUGUCAUAUGGCUUCGUCCUCAAUGUGCUCAAGGCGGCAGUGGAAAGCCACGCGGCGGAACCCCCAAUGCAGCGGGCACAUGUGAGCAGACCCAUGGAGCCAUAAAAGCAGCUGCUAGCCCUGAAGAGACGGUUGUCAGUCCCUGGGGCGGGCUGGUCGAGUCGCCAUGCGACAAGCAGCUACUGUGGGUUUUCUUCAGUGCGAUCCAUAGUAGUUAUUGCAUUGGCUCUGCAGCCCCUCACUUGGAAACCUUCACCAUAGCCCGUGGAGCUGUCUUAAAUAUUUUUCAUGUUAUUGAUGAAAAACCCAAUAUAGAUAACUUCUCAACAACUGGAUAUAAGCCUGAAUGUGUAGAAGGAAGCAAAGAAUUUAGAAAUGUUUCUUUCAGUUAUCCAUCAAGACCGUUCGUCCCAAUUCUCAAAGGUCUCAAUCUCAAGAUUAAUUCUGGAGAGACAGAAGCUUUGGUUGGUCCCAGUGACAGUCGCAAGAGCACAACAGUCCGGCUUCUGCAGAGGCUAUAUGAUCCCGAAGAAGGCUGCGUACUGGAUGAGAACGACAUCCGAAAUCAAAACGUGAGGCAUUACUGAGAGCACAUCUGAGUGGUCAGCCAAGAGCCCGUUUUGUUUGGGACCACCAUUGGUAACAAUAUUAAGUUUGGGCGUAAAGGCGUUAGUGAAGAGAUGGAGCAGGCAGCCAAGGAGGCAAAUGCCUACGACUUCAUAAUGGCCUUCCCUAAGAAACUGAACACACUAGUGGGGGAGCAAGGAGCUCAGAUGAGCGGAGGCCAGAAACAGAGAAUCAUCAUUGCUCGAGCGCUAGUUCGAAACCCCAAAAUUCUGAUCUUAGACGAGGCUACAUCUGCUCUUGACACAGAAAGUGAGUCAGUUGCUCAAACUUUACUGGAGAAGGCGAGCAAAGGUCGGACUACAAUUUUGGUAGCACACCCUCUUUCCAGUAUUCGUGGGGCAGACCUGAUUGUGACUAUGAAGAACGGCAUGGUAGCAGAGGAAGGGACUCACGCUGAACUAAUGGCAAAGCAGGGGCUGUAUUACCCACUCGUCAUGACCCAGGAUAUUAAAAAAGCUGAUGAACAAAUGGAGGCAAAGACGUGUUCCACUGAGGAAAAAAGCAGCUCUAUUUCUCUGUGUGAUGUGAGCAGCUCCAAGUCCCUCUGUGCUGACCAGUCUGAGGAAGUCAUCCACCAUCAAAAGACAAUUCUUCCGGAAGUUUCACUAUUAAAAAUACCUAAAUUAAACAAGUCUGAAUGGCCUUUUGUUCUGGGCACACUGGCUUCUGUCCUAAUUGGAUCUGUUUACCCAACAUUUUCUAUCUUCUUUGCAAAAUUAGUCGCUAUGUUUGAAAACGACAACAAAACCACAUUAAAACAUGAUGCAGAACUUACUCCAUGCUCCUGAUCAUCCUGGGCUCUGCUGCUCUUGGUGAACCUGAUGCAGGGGUUGUUUUAUGGCCAAGAAGAGGGAAAUUUAGCCAAGAGAUUAAGACAUUUGGCAUUUCAAGCCAUGUUGUAUCAGGAUAAGGCCUGGUUUGAUGAUAGCGAAAACAGCAUGGGAGCCUUGACCACAACCUUAGCCGUGGAUGUAGCACAGAUUCAGGGGGCAGCAACUUCAAAACUUGGUAUCAUAACCCAAGAUGUGACCAGCAUGGUGCUGUCUGUUCUUAUCUCCUUCAUACACGGGUAGGAGAUGACUCUCCCGAUGCUCAGCUUCGCACCUGUACUCACAGCCCUGACAGGGAUGAUUGAGACUGCAGCGGUGGCUGGAUUUGCCAGCAGGGAUAAGCAAGAAUGCAAGAGUGCUGGAAAGAUUGCAACCGAAGCUGUGGAGAACAUACGUACUGUACUAUCUUUAACACGAGAAAAUGCCUUUGAGCAAAUGUACAAGGAGAAGCUUCAGACCCGACACAGAAAUGUCUUGAAGAAAGCACACAUCACUGGAAGCUGUUAUGCGGUCGGGAACGCUUUUGUGUAUUUCGCCCAUUCAGCAGGAUUUCCCUUUGAAGCCUCUUUGAUUCGAGCUGGACGGAUGACACCAGAAGGUAUGUUCACAGUUUUUACUGCCAUUGCAUAUGGUGCUAUAGCCAUUGAAGAAACACUUGUUUGGACUCCAGAAUAUUCCAAAGCCAAAGUUGGAGCUGCACAUCUGUUUGCUUUGCUGAAAAAGAAACCAACUAUGGACAGCUGCAGUCAAGCGGGGGGGGGGGAGGACACCUGCAAAGGGAAUUUAGAAUUUCGAGAAGUCUCUUUCUUCUAUCCAUGUGGCCCCCAAGUUCCCAUCCUCCAUGACCUGUCCCUCAUCAGCAUUAAGAAAGGGAAGACUGUGGCAUUUGGUAGAAGCAGUGGCUGUGGAAAAAGCACUUGUGUCCAACUGCAAAGAUUUUAUGACCCCAUGAAAGGACAAGUGCUGCUUGAUGGUAUUGAUGUAAGGGAACUGAACUUGCAGUGGCUGCGUUCCCAGACAGCCGUUGUCUCCCAGGAGCCUGUGCUCUUCAACUGCAGCAUUGCUGAGAACAUCGCCUAUGGUGAUAGCAGCUGCAUGGUGCCCUUAGAGGAGAUCAAAGAAAUCGCAGAUGCAGCCAACAUCCAUUCCUUCAUAGAAGGCCUCCCCAGGAAAUACAACACUCAAGUUGGACAGGGAGUGCAGCUCUCUGGGGGCCAGAAACAAAGACUGGCUAUUGCAAGGGCUCUUCUCCGAAAGCCAAAAAUUACUUCAGCCCUUGACAUUGAGAGCGAGAAGGUGGUUCAGCAUGCCCUUGAAAAAGUCCGGAGAGGGAGGACCUGCCUAGUGGUGACUCACAGACUCUCCACAGUACAAAAUACAGAUCUGAUCAUAGUUCUACAAAAUGGAAAAAUCAAAGAGCAGGGAACGCAUGAGGAGCUCCUGAGAGACAGAGACACAUACUUUGGAUUAGUAGCUGCACAGUGUAUGCACAGAAGUUACCAGCCUUGCAUGCAUUAUGAUCUUUAUGAUCAAAUUACUAAGUAA